AAGUCCCGCCCCGGUGUGUCAGAAGAAGACGGUCGGCCAUUUUAAGUAUAUCAGUCGUCAUUUCACAUCGCAUCAGUAGGACGGAAAGCGAACGUCUGGACUCAAUUUCAUCAAAUUUCUCUUACAACUGUAGUGGAGAAUUGCCUACUGCUCAUGAACUUAAACUCAACUAAAUUCCAAACCAAGUAGAUCCUUGUGAAGUGACUCAUAAGCCAGCAAUUUCCAGUGUCGAGAGUUUGAAUUUUUGGGCACCUCCAUGUUAGCUAAGGGUUAGAGAGGAAAUGGCUGUGGAAAGCAUGACUGUCCAUCCAAACUCCCCAACCAACCACGAACACAACAGUCUCCUGACUGACGAAAGGCCAGAGGAUGGAGAGCUGGAGGAGGGCGAGUUGGAGGAUGAUGGAGGUGAAGCUGAGAUGCAGAUGGGAGGCGACGCGUCCGCUGGAGGAGGAGGCGCAGAGGGGAGCGAUGAAGUGGGAGGCGGUGACGGCGGCGCGGCAGGGGACGCCGGUGGCGGCGACCGUCCCCCUCGGACUCGGGAACGCAACGCUAGCAGUAACUCGGACGAGGAGCGCUCGCACCGACGCAAACGCAAGAGGAAGAAAGAGAGGGAACGCGAGCGGGAGAAGAGGCGUGCCAAGAAGAAACGCAAGUCGAAGCACAAGCGCCACGCCUCCUCUGACGACGACUUCUCUGACUUAAGUGACGAUUCCGACUAUUCUCCCAACGAGAAGAGAAAGUACAGAGAGUACAGUCCCCAGUACCCUCCAACCUCUCGCGGUGGCUACGUUGGUUCCAAAAAGGGCGGCUACAUGAAGAUGGACAAGCAGGGCUACGGCGGCUACGAUGACUACGAGGAGGACAACUACGAGGGGGAGGAGGAGCACGAUAUGGGUAGCGAGGAGUACGACGACUACGCCAAGGAGCUCAACAUGUAUCGCAAAGCCAAAGAGGGCGGGCGCGGGGGACGAGGUGGGCGUGGCCGCAUGAGAAACAUGAGAGGCCGCGGUGGAAUGAGAGGCGGCCGUCGAGGAGGACGAGGAGGUAGCCGAGGAAGAGGAGGGAGAAGCGGAAAGAUGGGCGAUGAAGAUGGAGAUGGUUACGUGGAGGAAAUGGAGUAUGACGACGACUAUGACAACAUGGUUGAAGACGACUAUGAUGACUAUCAGUACAAAAAGUCCAAAGAGAGAGGAAGAGGCAGAGGCGGGCGCGGAAGAGGUCGAGGCAAAGGAGGACGCGGCAUGAUGAGAGGAGGCAAAAUGAGAAGUCGUGGACGAGGGCGAGGGGACAUGGGCCAUGACGACGAUAACAAUGGAGACAUGGACAAUGGGGACGGAGGAGGGGAUGCAGGAGGAGGAAUGGGCAAGAGGAAUCAAAAUGAAAAGUACCAGGAUAAGAAAGGAAAAGCCAUCUGCAAGUAUUACAUUGAAGGCAGAUGUACUUGGGGUGACCACUGCAACUUUAGCCAUGACAUCGAAUUGCCCAAGAAGAAGGAACUGUGCAAGUUUUACAUCACGGGCUACUGCGCUCGAGCCGACCACUGCCCUUACAUGCAUGGCGAAUUCCCUUGCAAGCUGUUCCACACUACAGGCAAUUGCGUCAACGGCGACGAGUGCAUGUUCUCCCACGACAACCUUAAUGACGACACCCAGGAACUGCUCAAUAAGAUGCUAGCUGAGGAUGCAGAGGCUGGGGCAGAGGAUGAGAAGGAGGUGGAGGAACUGAAAAAGCAGGGAAUUAACCCUCUGCCCAAACCCCCGCCCGGCGUGGGCCUCCUUCCCACUCCUCCUCGCCCGACACCCGUCGAAGUCAAUGCCGGAGCGGGGGAUUUCGGAGGCCCCGCAUCUGGUGAUUUUGGGGGAAUCCCAGCUGCCAAUUCGGCACCCAUCGCCACCAAGGUUUCCCCCAUUGGGGCCGGGCAGAUACCUUCUCCCAACUCCUGUGGUGGUGGUCCUCCACUACAAAAUCCGGAUGGAGCUUCUUACCAAGGAGCACCCCUAAAUCCCAGUGGACCCUCCCCUCACAUGGGCUCUCCACCUGCUGCUGGUGGAGGCGGUGGCGGAAAGAAGAUCCCGUCUUUGUUUGAGAUCAAAGUGCAGCCCACCGGACAACUCGCUCAUAAACUGGCUGUCAAAAGUCAGCCUCCCGGCAACAGCCAGGCAGCGACCCCAGGAACUGGCGCACCAGGAGCAGCGCAGUCCGGCUUCCCCACCGAGAGCAUGGGAACAUUCGCAUCUGGUGAUUGUCCUCCUCACGGGGGCGCCUUGCAGCAACCUCAGAGUGGAGGGAACUACACUUUCUUCAAUCAAGAGGGAAUGAAGAUGGAAGGAGCGGUGGAAGAGGGUGCUGGCAAGUUAAUCAGUCAGGAGGACGCCGCCAACGGUACCAAUCAGGGAGGAAUUUCUGUCUCGGAUCUCCUGCCGCCAGCACAGCGCGUCCUGUUCAUGAGAAUUCAGCAGAAGCAACAGGAGGAGGAGGAGCGGGCCCGGCGCAUGGAUGGAACCAUUGAGAAGAGCAGAGACACCGAGGGUGACUCUGGCAAUUGGUACUCCAGCGAGGAUGAGGACGGUGGCGGCAGCGUUACAUCCAUCCUGAAGACACUCCGGCAGCAGACGCAGGCUCCUCCAAAGCCUGAACCGCCGAGCGACCCUCGUCUCCAGAAGGCUGUCAACCCCCCUACACGGCCCGCCGACCCACGCCUGGCCCGCGACCCACGUCUGGCACGCGCCAUCGAAGCCGACCUGAUACCGCCUGCGCCCUCAUCGGGCCCACCGGCAGACCCACGAUUAGCCCGAUUGGCAGCUACCUCGGCGGGGUCUGCCACCCACCAAGCCUCCACCCCCAAACCGGAGCCUCCCCUGAUCUACAAACCCCCACCCCUCACAGCACCAGCAGCGGAGGAGGAGGAGACAGAGAGAGUUCUACGAGAGAAACCGGUCCCCAUCCCUCUGGACCCCCUCAUGGGAAUGGCGCUUAGGGACCCCCGCUCCCAGCUGCAACAAUUUAGUCACAUCAAGAAGGACAUUGUUUUCCACAUGCCCGCAUUCUCUAAAACCAUCACCUGGUCCCCCGAGGACCUCCUCCCAUUACCCCUUCCCAAACAGGACUUUCUUCCUCUGCCCCCAGGCAUUCCUCCGGUUUCCUCCCUCGACCCACGUCUGUCCCGUGUCGUCCACUCACAGUCUCCUCCCGUAGUGCCGCCCCCCUCCUUAGAUCCCACCGUCCCUACGCCAUCCUCCACCCUACCAGACUUUGAACUUCUGUCUCGCAUCCUAAAGACGGUCAGUUCCAGCCCGUCCCACUCCAUGUCCCCUCCGCUGGCGCCCACCCCUGCUACCCCAAUGGCACUUCUGAGUCAACCUCCCCCUCUUCCUUCCACUCCAUCAGAAAAGCCUAUGGACCCCCGAAUGGCGCGGAAAGCCCCCUCAGAUCCGCGCCUCCAGCCACAGAAAUCUGCUCUAAAGCAGCCGUCGGAACCUCUGGCCCCGCCCCCCGAAUCCUCAUCCUCUUUGGGGUCUGCGCCGGGAUCCCCGCCCCCCUCCAUUGCCCCUUACGAUCCCAGGCUCCUCUCUUCUGGCGGGUCUGGACGCAGCGCUGUGCCCAGCGCACCAGGGGGCACCAACGUCUUGAGCAACAUCAGUUUGUAUGACCCUCGGACUAACAAACCUGGAAGCCCUGGCACCGCCGGCGGCCCCAACAACUCCCCAAACUCGGAGUCUCGUUCCGGCGAGCCGUCUACGGGCAAAGCAAAACCCAAGGAGCCCUUGUUUGUGCGCAAAUCUGCGCUGGACCAACCCGAACCGGAAAAAAGCGCCGAGCAGGGCACCGACCGGUACAACAGCUACAACAGACCCCGACCUAAACCUGCACCUUCGCCCAACUCCGCCGCCCAGAGUGGACUCCCCACCGGGGCCCCGGCAACUCCUGGAGCACCUGCUGAACAACCUCCCGCUGGUGUCCACAACCUGCCCGUGUCCACCCUUUUCGGGGUGGUGAAGCAGGCCGGUAAGCCCGGGGGAACCAGCAGUCCAUUUGGGGGGAACAGCCCGGCCCAGACGGAGCAACCCACCGCCGAGCAGGACAACGGAUCACUCAAGGACGUUUUCAAGGGAUUUGAUCCAACCGCGUCGCCCUUCUGCCAAUGACGGCAGUCGACUCCUGACAUUUUGCUGAUCCAACAUGGACGCACUGCAUAAGCGCGAAAAGACUUUGGGGGGACAUGGGAGAAUUUAAAUGUCUAUUUUAUAGAGAGGAAUUGUAUAAGUGUGGACAGAAGAGACAGCGUUUUAGCAUCCACUCGUUACCUCACUCAUCUCACCUCCAACUAGAGCAUUGAAUAAUGGUGGAAUUAAAGUUUUCAUCAUUUGUCUUAUGGUAUGAUUAACACAACAGCACCACUGCCUGCCGUUCUACAAGCAGCUUUGUUUCCUUUUUUGAAUAUUUAUUUUUCUACUUCCAUGCACUGUCCCCCCAAGGAGGGCCCAGUUUUUAAUGUUCAUCACCUUAUCUGUUUCAUUGAGGUUCUUUUCCAUCACUAUCCUCCCCAUUCAUGUUGCUCUGUUUCCUGAGAAAUCAGUUCAGAGUGGGAACGUCCACGUUGCGUCACUGGCGUUCUUGAUGGCGGCGUGACAAUCACAAACGUUUUACUCGCCACCCAGAAGGUUUCUUGAGAGGCCAGAGGUUCGAGACCACCUCCAUCAGACAAGACCCUCUUUUGUAAAAAAGAAAAAUGUUCCUUUUAAUUUAUUUUUAUACUUAAAAAUGAUUUCCACGUAUUUGUCGUUUGUUGUUUUAACACAGUGUAUUUUUUUUAUUAGGUUAUGUCAUUCAAUGCACAUUAUUUUCCUUUUGGGCUUUGUAAAUCUGCUUUCAUUUCUUUGCAAUAACAAUAUCCAUUUGAGCCAUUUCUUGUCUGUUGUAAUGAAGGGGUUGACUUUUCUAACUGUACAAUAUAGGUGAGUAUUUGAAAUAAAAACAUCAACCAU